AAGGUCCCCUAAGAAGAGACACUUGCUGAGUUCAUUCCUGGAGGGAUCCAAGGACCCGCUCAGUGCACGAGCCGCCAUUAUCUGGUGCCCAGAGUGGGGAGAUUCGCCAGCCCUGUUAUUUUUGAACUUGGAGAUGACAUCUCUUCUGGCCACAGCAGUUCACUUUUUGAUCCUAACCCAGGUGACCGGCCUGGCAUGGGAAGGCGAGUCAUGUCAGUUAGACAUGGCUGAAACUUUUUUUGAUGAUCAGUAUGAGGGCUGUACUGAACAAAUGGAGGCAAAGGCACAUCAGCUAUUAACAGAAGAACUGGAAGCAAAUAAAACGGUUAAAUCCGCAUGGGAAGAGGCAGCAAAACAUUGGGAUGAAAUAAAGGAUAAAAUAAAGGGUAGUAUAAAGAAUUUGGAAAAAUUAAAUGCAUUCCAAGCAACAGCUGUAGUGGCCUACACUGGGCCCAUUGGAACAGACUUUACCAAAGCUAUAAGAGAAUUCAAGUCAAAAAAGUUUCGGUUCAAAGCCUUCCAUUACUAUUUGACCACAGCUCUUCAGCUUCUCCAUGAAAAGAAGGAGUACACAGUUUUUAGAGGUUCCCAGGCCCGGUGUAAUUACCCUGGGAAAGGGAAUGUACGUUUUGGGCAAUUUGCCUCAUCAUCUCUGUCUCGUGAGCAAGCUAUUGAAUUUAUUAAAAAUAAAGAGGGGACACUAUUGACCAUCCAAACCACCUUAGGUGUUGAUAUUUCAAAACUCUCUUUGAUACCACAACAACAGGAAGUGCUAAUUCCAGGGUAUGAGGAAUAUCAAGACAUCACUGCACAGCCAAGCACUGGAAAAUUCAAUGAAUUUUCACUUAAAAACCCCCAAAAAUCGAAAAGUUUUUUCAACUGUUACAACAGCUCAGGAAUGAGAGAAAUUUCCGUAUUCCUUCUGCUGUUGCCUGGCCUCCUCAUGCUGCUGCUCAUCCAUGCUGAGCUAUGACCCUCCCUGCUAGUACCUGGUUCUGCAUGGAGUUUUGAAGAGGGGUGUGGGAGGAAGGCAAUGGGGUGGGGGUGCACUGGCUUGUCAAAGUUGGCAGCAUUAGGAAUGGUGGGACUUUUGUGUGGCUCAGGUUAAUACGAAAGCAUGUUCUCUGCCUUCAAAUUUACCUGAGAUAAGUCUUGUCGUCUUGAUAUUCUGCGAUGAGUAAAAAGCAAUGUUUUUAAAUACCAUCAGCAGUAACAGUCUUAAAAAUAGAAUUUAAUCAUGAUGGAUAUUAUAAUUAAAAGAAAUAAAGCAUUUAUAAUCGCACCUUGCUUCUCUGUGACU